UCGACGACGACAACUUUCCAUCGCAACGCCAUCAACAGUCGAUCUCAUCCACGAAAUCGAUAAACCGCCAUCAUGGGAAAAGUCCACGGAUCCCUCGCACGUGCCGGAAAGGUCAAGUCUCAGACACCAAAGGUCGAGCCGCAAGAGAAGAAGAAGACCCCUAAGGGCCGCGCCAAGAAGCGCAUUCAGUACACCCGCCGUUUCGUCAACGUCACCCUCACCGGAGGAAAGAGGAAGAUGAACCCCAACCCAACUGCCUAAACGACCAGCCAUGGACGGGACGGGAUAGCUGGGAAAGUCUUGCACACGGAAAUUGUGGAGGAUGUGCCCGGAUCAGAUGGACGGUGGUUUUAGGAGUGGAGUUUUGUCUCUCCUGGAUGGCGCCGAUUGUCUGUGGAGGAUGGGACGCAUACCAUAGGCGCAUUUGUACAUCGGACGAAUCGUUCUUGCUUCUGCUUGACAAUGACAUUGAGCUCCCUCC